AUGAAGAAGUUUGGUUUCAUAUCAUUUGUGUCUCUUUUGUUUCACUUGAUGCCAGUGUUUGCCAGUGAGAACUACAUAUGCGGCGGUUUACGGAUUGAAGGAAGUUUGAUAGAACAGGAAGUUCAAAAAAAACACAGUUUGUGUUUAAAAAGUAAGCAAAGUUCCUUCAACGAAUACCAACAUUUCGAAUAUGCAUACUUCUUUGUUCAAUCUUGCGAACCAGACAGACUAAGAUUCAGAGUUAGGGUGUCUUUUGAUGUGAUUAAAAUUAUAUUGAGUGUGGAAUCUGAUAUGAACGGCAGCUAUUCUGAAUGUAUUCCAGAACCAAGUGAGCAAUGA